CGGCGCUUCAGAAUCGUGGUGGCGAGAGAGAGAGGCCGGCACGCAAUUCGCAACGUGUGAAGGCGAGGCGCGGGAGGGACGGGCUUGCAAUGGCUGCCCCUUCUCGUAGGUGCGGAAAUAGGAGGGGGCGCUCUCUCUGCCUGGCUCCCGCCACCCGCCAAAAGCAUCGCCUUGAACCCAGAGCUUUCCCCCGGCCACAGUCUCACCCUAGACAAAGAGCGGAGGGCAGCCGGCUGCGCCCAAAGUGGUCGCGAGACCGACAGACAGACCGGGGGCGGCGGCGGCGGCAAGAUUUGCUAACUGGACGUCUGUGCGCAGGAGCGGUGCGCUCAUCCACGGCGGGAUGGCGGGCGGAGACGCAUUACCCUGGCCAGCUGCUGGGAGGGAGUCCUCCUGGCCAGGCAGGCAGCGGCGCGCGGCCCACUGCACGGUACCGCCAUCAUCAUCCCCAGGGUCCCGAGGCCGAGGCAGCAGCACAGCCAAGGGGGUGUGGUGUCCCCUCCGGGGGGAAGAAGAAGGCGCCGCGCUGCCCGACCAGCUCCCCUCGCCGGAGCCGCCGCCGCCACCUCCUGCUGCUGCUGCGUCUUACCUGCCGGGCGUCUCUGUUCUCCGGCUGCGCUUCAGGCUCGGAAAGGUCCGGCGCUCCAGCCGCCGCUACGACGGGGAGGGCACGACGGGUAGCUCGCCUCCCGGCUUGGGCGGCUCCAUGCUCGUUCGCUGGGCGGCUCUGCGGCGAGGGGGCCGGGCGGUGGGCGCGCAAGGCUCACGGAGAGGCAGCUGGACCGGGCGGGCGGGCGGGGGGGGGGGGCGCCGAGCCGUGGGCAUGCGUGGCGAGAGCGCGCGCGCGCAGGAGGCAAAGGCGGCUCUCCCCUACCUGCCAGGCCGGCCGCAGGGGUGCUCUGCUCUGGCCCGCGGGCAGCGGCCCCCCUGCGGGAAUCGUGCGGCGGGUUCGAGUCGAGAAUCGCCGGGGUUUCGCGCUCAGCCUCCGGCCUCGGCUGCCGCACGGAGAAAAAAGCAAGGCUCGGGUGGGCGCUUCAGCCGGGCGGGACUCGCUUUCUUAGUAACGGCGUGAGAAAGAGGGGACUCCCCCCCCCCACUCCGCUGGGCAUUUGAGGCAAAGCCACCGCCCUUUCAGGCAGCCCCGACUAGCCCGGCGGCGCGCAUCCUCGUGCCUCCCCCCACCGUGUACUAUAGAUCGGAGACUGUGACGACACGCCGAUCUUUCCUACUGGAGCAUGUGCAGAGUGCCUUUUGCUGGUGGCACAGUCUGGGCACUCCAGGGCCACCACCAGCCCCUCAGGGGAGGCUUGGGGCUGCUUUUCCUUUCGUUUUCAAGCCCUGUCAAUUUUUGCUCCAUGAGGAGAGGAGCCAGAGCAGGGAUCCGAGUCUGAGAAGGGACGGUGUUUGGCGUCUCUCUUUUCUGCCACUGCCCCCGUAUGCUGCCCCAUUUGGGGCCCUCUGCCUGCCCUGCUGGCAUAGGGUUGCACUGGGAUUGCCAGAGGCACAUCUUGGGGUCCUAAAUUUUCCUGGCCAGUGUAUCUAGAAUAUAGGAUGGGGCCCUUUGCUGUCUGAAUGAAGGGAGGUUCCCUGCAUGGUUCUGGCCUUGGUAAUGGUUCAGAAGAUGCUCUGGAGUCAGGACUGAUGUCCAGAUUACAUCUCAAUAACCUCGAUGGAGCCACAGAUGAUUGGCAUACCUUGGCUUGUUCUUCUCCCAAUUUCCCAUGACCUCUGCUUGCCUCUCUUUAGGGGAGAGCCCUGCUGGCAACUGCAGCAACCCCAGAGGAAGCCACAAGUGUGGGUUCAGAUGUCACAUCAGACCAUGGUUGAGAGACAAAUCAACUUUCGGCUCAGAUCAUGGCUUGCUUGACUGCAUAAACUUGUUGACUGGCAUGAGGUCAGACGUACAAGCUAACCACUGUUAGAUGAAAUAAAUCCUAGCUCUGUGUGACGUUCAACCUGCUCCAUGUGAUUCUCCUUCCAGAGGGAAAGGCCAGGAUCCAGCUGGUUCUUGCAGUGUGUGUAGAAACCAGCCUGAAUGGAUCUGCAUUCAGAAGUGCCCUUAGUGGAGCAAGACCUAUGUGGCUAUUCAGGCAACUGAGGAAAUUGUCAAGGUGCAGAUUGUGCACCUUGUUCAGUCACUCUUUCACACAACAUUGCCCCCCUGCUGCAUUUUCCACCUGCUUAGACAGUCUCCUGUUUAUUGAUGCACAAAAUCCAACUUUUGGGAAGAGCGCAGCAGUGUCUGCACAGGUAGGCGGUUGUUAGCAUUACUGUUCUGUCUUUUGGGGCGGGGGGCAUAUGUUCAGAUGUCCCAGUCCUCAAGAGCACCAGGAGUGGUCAGUCUGCUGUGUCCUCCCAAACACAUGAAAUCUUCUGUGAUGUGGAAGGAAUGUCCACCAGCCAGACUAGCAAGUGGAGACACAGCACCUGGCUGGCACUACCAGGUGCAUGUCUGGACCCACAGGAUUUACAUCAGGCUUCCUGACAGCUGCGAUACCUACCCAAGAAAGAUCGAGAAAGCCAAAAAACUGGUCCCCAUAAGUGUUGCCUGGCAAAGAGGUCGGCCUCCUCCUCUGACCCACAAACAAACCUGAGAAAGAU